AUUUGUAUAUUUCCUUCUAGAUCCGUACCUUUCGGUCCAAGAUCCAUCGCCUCUAAGCCACCAUGCGCCUCCAUCGUGCCUUUUGUCAAAACCCAGCUUUUACCACCUUCAUUGCCUCCACAGUAUUACCAUCCCUAUUGGCAGAGUGUGUGCAGAAUCCUGUUAUGAGCUGAGGAAUAUGUCUGCUAUAAGGCAGAAAGAUGUUCCAAGGAAAUCUUUGUGACAACAGAGCACAUGACAUGGCAUUUGAAAUGUCGUGAGGAUGCGGCUAAAGUUAUUCAUCCUGCGGCUAGUGAGGCAUGGAAACACUUUGAUAAAACCCACCCAACAUUUGCUGAUGAACCUAGAAAUGUUAGACUUGGCCUUUGUACAGAUGGUUUCAAUCCAUUUGGUUGCUUUGCAACACCUUACUCUUGUUGGCCUAUUUUUCUUAUAGUGUACAUACAACCUUUCUCCUGAAUUGUUUAUGAAGUUAGAGCAUAUAUUUCUUGCCAUGAUAAUUGCUGGACCUAAAAGUCCAUGAAAAAACAUUGAUGUCAUGCUUAGGCCAUUAAUUGAUGAACUUAAGGAAUUGUGGACAAAUGGGGUUGAAACUUAUGAUAGUUUCAGACAACAGAAUUUUAUCAUGAAAGCUGCAUUGCUAUGGACUAUAAGUGAUUUUCUAGGUUAUGGCAUGUUAUCUGGAUGGAGCACACAUGGGAAGUUGUCAUGCCCUU